AUGGUGUUUCUUCGGAAAAAGGAAAAGGAAGAUAGGAAGGAUGAAAGAAAGAAAGUUUUUGGGAAAGAUUCAUUGCCUGUGAUAGGAAGAAAACCUCCGUUACCACCGCAGUCAAAUGCAAAUGGUGACGCAAAACCAUCAGCACCACCUGUCCCGGCUCCAAGAACACUCGAAAAAGCUCCUGACCUUCAAAACAUUGCCAUUAAUUCCGGUAAAGUGGAGGAAAACGCUUAUGUUGAAUACGCUUUUCCUAUAUUAAAAGAUUUGCCAAAGCUUUCACUACCUGCUUUAGCUGUUGUGCAAGUGAACCAACGCACACUUCUUCUACAGCGCAAUGUUUAUGGUGGAUUUGGAUUCAAUGUGCGAAGAACACAGUAUCCUGACAAAAGGGGCCGUUUACGUGCCGUUGUAUUCGUUGAACCGACAGAAGUUCGUUAUGGUCCCCCUCGCCCGAACGAAAUUCGUAGUUCGUUACUGCCUGGCGAUCAACUAAUUAUGGUCAAUGGAAGACCAGUGGAAUCAAUGGGACGUGAAGAAUUGCUUCGUUUGAUUCAAAACUCAGAGAACACUAUAGAACUAACAGUUAGGGCUAUGCCAGAGCUUGCUGAACUUUGUGAUCGUCAUCAGAAAGGUGCCCGAGAUUCUGGGGACUCAUUAAUGUUACCUGUUGUCGGUCAUACUUUUCCUGAACAAGAUAUACCAGAAGAUGAGAGGUAUUGGCUUAUGCACAAAAACGGUUAUACACUUGCUCGUCUUCUGGAGACAACAAAUGAUGGACGAAUGAAAGUAGCCGUUUGUGGUAUGGAAAUGAUGGUCGAUGUCACCGAUGUUGAUAAGGCAAAUCCUGUUAGCAGUGAUCGAGCUGAAGAUCUUUCCGGGUUACGGUACAUAAACGAAACGAGUGCUAUACACGUUUUACGACAUCGUUUUGGAAGCAAUCUCUUAUAUACAAAUGGGGGGUAUGACAGCAUCAUUAGUAUUGCCAGUGAAUGCCAGCCAUACUUAUGUAGCAAACUAGUAACUUUGUUUAAAGGGUGCAGAAGGCAACAAAUGCCACCUCACAUAUAUGCAACUGCGCAGCAGGCUUACAGGGCAUUGCAAAUGACUGGGAAAAGUCAGUGUUUGAUGCUGACUGGAGUUACUGGUAGUGGCAAAACAGUUCAGUUGCGUAACAUAUGUCAUUAUCUCUGCGAAAUUGCCGGUUGGACUCAUGCUUUGACAUUCGAGAAAAUGUCUCUUGCGUUUGGUGUUUUGGAGACUUUUGGCAAUUGCACAACGAAGUUUAACAAAAACGCUUCCCGAUUUGUGCAGCUAGUGUCGCUUUCGUUUGAUUCUGCAGCGUCCUUAAAGAUGGCAAAGAUACAAACUUUUCUGUUGGAAAGUACGCGAGUUGUUUCCCGAUCAGCGAACGAAUCAAAUUUUCAUAUAUUCUAUUAUUUGCUGGAAGGUGUUGGGAAGGAAGUCUUUGAAAGGAUGCGCUUAGAUGCUAUCGGAGAACCUGUCCGUACGGGAAUGACUCGAGAAGAAGACCGGGAAGCCGCGCAGAUGGGCUGGUCACGAGUUAUGGAGGCUCUUAGUAAGCUAGGCGCUACUGAAAGUGAGCGCCAAGGGAUUUGUAAUAUCUUAGCAGCUAUUCUUCACCUUUGUUUUGCGGAGGCAACUCAUAGUCAAGCGUCUAGGGCACAGUUUGUGCGUGCUUCAAAUGCCCAGAUGGCAGCAACUCUUCUAGGAAUCACUGUCGAUCAAUUAGCCACUGCGGUUUUUAGAGGAAGCCAACAGGCAAACGUACCAAACUCAAUGAAUUUUGCUUUCAGUCGACUUUCAAUGUCGAACCGCACAGUAACCGGGCAGGAUGCUUUAAAUAAUUUCAUUUCUACUUUGUAUACGCAGUUGUUUGCUGCCGUUGUGAUGUUGUUGAAUCGUGGUCUUUGUGGAAAUAGUAGUCAGUCAGGACAUACUUCUAUAACGAUAUUUGAUUUCCCGGGAAGCAACUUCAAUUCUGCCUGGGUUGAAGCAAGUUUCUUAUUAAAAAUUUAUGGCGAGAACACGGUGAGUGAUCUAACAGACCUUAUUCAUAACUACUUUAAUGAACGUAUCGCUGAAUUAUGUUAUGAGAAAAAAUUCACUGAGCCGUUGGAGUUGUAUGCAAGGGAACAUGUAGAAGUUGAGGUGCAAGCACCUCAUUUGCGACCUCAUUACGUAACUCGAAUGAUCGAUCAGAAGCAACAGCUCUUGAACUGUGUUGAUAUUGAAAUGCGAAGUGAGGAAAGACGUGGUUUGCUCUGGAUAUUAGAUGAAGAAGCUUUGUUUCCGGGUGCUACUGAUGAUUCUUUCUUUGAGAGGAUAUUCAUUCAUUUUGAGGAAUCUCGAAUCAUUCGAAGGGGGUCUGGCACGCGUCACUUUAUUCUUGGACAUGGUAUAGGAACUUCGCCUAUAACUUAUGCAGUAAACGGGUGGGUCAAAAUGGCUCAGUCUAGUGUUGCUGAUCCGGUCGCGUUGCUUCUGCUACAUGAUUCAAGAGACUCUGCGGUCAAUAGUUUGUUUGCAUCUUUUGGUAUUACUGAAACAGAUAGCGCUGCAUUAAAAUUACGAAAAGCUACGCAGAGCGUGAAACUGGAUGGAACUUCACUUCGUAUGGCUACCAGCUAUUUUUCUGGUAUCUCUGCCCAAGUGGAUUAUAUUCUCUCAGUAGCGCGGCGUGCUAACGGGAUUUACUUUGUUCACUGCAUUCAACCAUUACCAUCUCCUUCAAAUAUGGUGCCCAGUGGUGAGCAAGAGUCGUUCGACGUUCCGUUUGUACGUUCGCAGCUGCAGUCGUUGUUGAUAGUCGACUCAGCUCGCGCAUCAAAUCGAGGUUUUCCUGAACGCAUGAGCUUCAAAGAUUUUUUGAGGCGCUUCCAGUGUCUAAUUGAGCAACAGGAAAGCUCUUUAUAUGACGUCCUUGAUGACCGGGCGGCAGCCGGACGUUUGCUGGAAAAAGUCGGCGUUUUUGCUCAUCAUUACAAACUUGGAUUAAGUCAGGUUCUGCUUCGUAAUGAAGUGAUGGCAGGGUUAGAAGAGAAAAGGGAAAUCUGUUUGAGUGGUCUUAUAGUCUCACUUCAACGAGUUUGUCGCCGGUAUCUUGCGAAGAGAUGGCUUGCUCGACGACGAGUCCUGGAGACUGCCAUACGCUGUAUCCAAAGAAAUGGUCGAACUUAUUUGAAGGUUCGUGAAUGGACGUGGUGGCGUCUUUAUGUACGGGUACUACCCUUACUGGAUGCAGCUAGGAGUGACGAGGAAUUCCGGGAAUGGAAGCAGAGAUUAUCAGAUUUAGAGGGGGCUUGCUCGGAAUUACGUUCUGUUCGGAGCCGCCUUGAGGGGAGGAUUUCAGAACUCGAACAGUUGCUUGCAGCUGAAGUUAGUAAUUCUCAAUCGCUGAGUGAGGCUCUUGAACGCGAAACUGAGAGUCGCGUGGCUACUCAAAAACAGCUGCAUGCGAUGCAACAACGACAUCCAGAGGACUCUCGACUCUCUUCGUCUGCUUCUUCCCACUCAAGACUUGACCUUUCUUCUGAAGUUCAAAAAGAACUGGCAACGCUUCGUGAAAGUGAGGCUACACAGAGAUCUUGCGCUCAAAAAGCUUUAGAAAGACUAAAAGAUGUUGAAAAUGAGCUUCAGGACUUACGCGCGAGGAACGAAUUGUUGGAAAAAAGGAACACUACAUUUGACAACGAACUGAAAGCACUAAAUGAUAACUGCGAGGAACAAAAAACUCUAAAGGAGAAAGUCGAACAAGAGAAAUAUGUUGCUGUCACGUCAUUAGAACAGAAGGUUGCAGAAUUACAGACUAUGAAGGCAGAAAAUGGUGAAUUGAGACAGAACUUAGCAAAGCUGAGAAAAGAAUUGGAAGAUGCAGGAGAGCAGUCGAAUGAGACAACAGAAAACCAGUUAACUACAUUACGUAAGGCAAAAAUGCAGCUGGAAGCAAAAUGCGCGGAGCAGGAGGAUGAAUUGGACGACAUGAGAGGGAAAACACUGAGUUUACAACAGUCAGUUACACGGCUUGAAAUGGCUGCAGAAAGAGUGAGAUCAGAACGAACACGAGAUCUUGAUGCGAAGGAAGCUGAAAUUGAUGAAUUAAGAGCCCAGCAUCAACGUAGGGUUCGUGCUUUUGAGGAACAAAUAGCUGAUCUUCAGGACAGUAAUGGAUCUUUAAUGAAACAGAAUCGUAUGCUUGAAUCACGGAUCCGAGAUAUGGAUAGCCAGAAUUCCAGCUCUGAAGCUUCAUAUGGACGUCAUUACAAAAGGGAUUUAAAGAGGGCAUUAGCGCUGUUACGAGAUACACAGAGUGUUCUUGCCCAUGAGAGGGAAACAGCUUCAAGUCAAGUUUUGUUGCGUCAGUUACAAGAACAGCUGGAUGACGCUGAGACAGCGAAGCUUAGCGCUUUAAAAGGCCGUCACCAUCUCGAAACACUAGCUGCAAAAAAUGCUGCUGACGAUAAGGCCCUUGUUCUUCUGAAAGAGAAAAACAGUGCGUUAGCGCUGUUGGCUUCCCUAGAGAAGCAAAAGGAGAGGCUCCACGAGGAGUUGAAUGAAGUAUCAUCAGCAUUGGAAUUCCGGAAACUUCAUUCUGUUGAGAAACACAAACUGCAACUUGCAGAACAGAAAAUCCGUGAUAUUGAAGCAAAACUUGAGUUAGAAGUUAUGCAAAAGCAAAGAUUAGAUAACAUGAUGGUGAAAGCCAAUGAUGAAUUAGAGUCUCUGAAAGACCAGCUAGCAGAAACUACGGCGCUGAAAGACAAAGAAGCUGAAGCGGCUCGGAAAGCUCGGAAAGAUUUGUUGGUCCUGCAGGAUCAGCUUAGUGACUACAAGAAGCGAGAAACUGAGCUCAUCCACCGUUGUAAACAGCUGGCGACAAAUUUGGAGAAGUGUGAAGCAGAGAAAAAGUCUGUAGCAGGUGAGCAUAAGUUGGCUUUAAGGCGGAUAGACGAUUUGCAAGCUGCAUUGAGCAACGAAUUCUCCGAAGAUGAUUUGUCUGACGAAGAUGAGGUGUCAUCUUCACGUAACGGGUCCCUUACGGGGUAA